AUGUCAGCGACAAAAUCAACUCUACGCUCUCGAGCUUUCAUUUCCUCGAGGCAUGUCCGCCAUGAACGACGCACAUUUUGCGGAUCAUCCCAAUGGCAAGCCCCAGUGAGCGGCGCAGCAGAAGCUGAGACACAAUCUGCUCGAACCUAUUGCACGAAUCUCGUAUCAACCUACGACCGCCCCUCCUACAUCCUCAGCGCAUUCAUCCCCCGUCAAGCACAAACAUUCUACCUCGCUCUCCGCGCUCUUAACGUUUCAUUGUCUAUGAUCCCCGACACCACCUCCAGCCACACCAUCGGACUAAUGCGCCUCCAGUUUUGGCGCGACACCAUCACCAAGACACUCUCCGGCGCCCCACCAAAGGAACCCGUCGCCAUCCUCAUAGCAAACGCAAUCGACGACCUCAGCAGCCGCACCAACGGCGGCGCCCGCAUCAGCAAAGGAUGGUUUCUGCGUAUGAUCAACGCGCGCGAACAGACACUCACAAACACGCCCUUCAGGGACAUUGCCGCGCUCGAAUCCUACGCUGAAAACACAUAUUCCACUCUGCUGUAUCUGACUCUGUCGUCUCUGCCCCUGACGUCCGUGACGGUGGACCACGUGGCUUCGCACAUUGGCAAAGCAGCCGGUAUAUCCGCCGUGCUCCGCGGGUUGCCGUUGGUCGCAUUCCCGGGUCCUGCGAAGCAUCACUCCAACCAAUCUUCAGUUUUGAGCUCUGGCGGAUCAGAGAAUAGACAAGGCGCAAUAACCCUUCCUUUAGACAUCAUGUCCCAAUCCGGCGUCAUUGAAGAGGAAGUCUUCCGCAAAGGCGCGGACGCCGCAGGUCUCAAAGACGCGGUCUUUGCUGUUGCGACGAGAGCGUCAGACCACCUAAUUACGGCGCGGCAGAUGCUCAAGAAUCUGCGCGAGGGGCAGGAUGUAGGUCACGAGUUUGAGUAUGAAGGCGAAGAAGGUCAUCAAUACAAUGAUGCAGCUGCGGAGAAAGAGGGUGUAUCACCCUACGAAAAACAAUUAGCUGAGGUUGAGAGAGGGUUUGGGGUCUUGAUGCCGGCCGUAUCGACGCAGUUGUGGCUCSACAAGCUGCAGUCGUACGACUUUGAUAUUUUCAAUCCGAAGUUGCUACGGAGCGAUUGGACGAUGCCUUGGAGGGCUUAUUAUGCGCAUAGCAGGAAGUCUUUCUAA